AUGGAAAAGAAAAACACAGGAGCGAGUAGUAGCAAGGAGAGGAAACAAUCCACGGGGGAGAAGAUACCUUCUCUGGAUGAGAAGCUUGAUAAAAUUGUAGAAAUUGUAAGUGACAUGAGACACAAUAUAGUGGAAAAAAGAGAUAUUAAAAAACUCAUUACAGAAAUUGUUAAAGAAGAAAUUGACGAAAUAAAACAGGAAGUUAUUUAUUGGAAAGAUAUGGAAUUAGAGACUCUAGUUAGGAAAACUGUAAGUGAGGAAGUAAAUAAAAUAAAAAAAGAUCUACUGAACUUUGUGCCACAAAACAUUCAAGUUGUACAAAGUCAACCAAAGAGCUAUAGGCAAGCAGCCAAAUCGGAAAAUAUCAUCAUAGUGAAACCAGUCCAGGAACAAGGAAGUGAGACCACAAAGAAACAAGUAAAAGAAAGAAUCGAUAUCAAGAGCAUGCAUAUUGGAGUCACAAAAGUAAAAAAGGGUAGAGAUGGUGCGGUCAUACUGAAUGCAGCACAAGAAAGUGAAAUUCAAGGCCUGAAGAAUACGAAUAGGCAGAAGAAGCCUAAGAUAAGAAUAAUUGGAAUAGAUGCAGAAGAGAUGGAAAUGAAUGGUAGCCAAAUGAUAGAAACAAUAAAAACUCAAAAUGACAUGAAUGCGUCCCAUAUGAAAAUAAUCAAGAAGAUAAGAAAAAUUGUAAGAGUGGGAGAGCAAAAUGAUAGAAGAAACACGGAAGGUACGGUGAUACUGGAAGUAGAUACCGAAACGCACAACAAAAUAAUCGAGAAGAGGAAACUUAACUUGGGAUGGAAAAAAUGUCCAGUACAAGAUUUUGUAAGUGUUAAAAGAUGUUUUAAAUGUUGGGGAUACAAUCACAUUGCGAAGUAUUGCAAACGAGAAGAGGCGUGUCAGCACUGUGCGGGUAAGCACAAAGGCAGUGAAUGCAAAGAAGCCAAGAAAAGAUACGUAAACUGUAUGUUUAAGAUACAAAAGUAUCAUGUGUCGAUAAGCGAUGAACAUGAUGCACUUGAUAAAGAAUGUCCCACAUUCAAGAGGAUGAUGGAAGAAGAACGGAAGAGAACAGAACACCUCGUUGAUGAAUAG